ACCAAAAUGAAAUACCUUGGAAUAUAUUUUAGCAGUCAUACUUGGCACUGUCAUUGGAUGUGCAAUCUGGCAGCUUCAGCCAUCUGAUGAUGUCAUAAUGUGGGUUGGCCUACCCGGCGAAUUGUUUCUAAAUAUGUUACAUUUGUUGGUUGUACCUAUAGUUAUAACAAGCGGGAUUAGAGGGGCAUCUACAAUGGGGCUAAGAGCUGAUGGCAAAAUCAUAGCAGUAGCUCUUGCAUAUAGUAUAAUGACCAUGACCAUAUGUAGUUGUAUUGGGCUGCUACUAGGGGUCGCUGUUAGACCAGGAGAGGGGGUCAGGCUGACAGAUGGAGCACAUUCAGCCUCUUGCUACAGAUUAACAGAUGUUUUUGCUGAUUUCAUAAGGAAAUUAAUUCCAAGGAAUUUACUACAGGUGACUGAGGAAACAAGAGGGAUGUCAUGUAUUGAAUAUCAAAGAACGAAUAUGUCAAACACGACUGACGUAGCGAACUAUACGACAUAUGGAGAUGAGAUGAAUAUCUUAGGCAUUUAUGCAGUCAGUAUAGCAUUUGGAAUAGCAGCCCAUUUAACAGGCUCAAGGGGAAAACCAGCACUGGUAUUUCUACAAGCAGUUCAAUCUAUUGUACUGAAGCUCAUAAAAGGAGUGUUCUACUAUGCUCCUGUAGGAGUCACAAGUCUGAUUGCCAAGGCAAUACUAAAAGUACCAGCCUACGAAAUGAACCACGCCUUUACAACAUUAGGAUAUUUCACCCUUUCCACAACGAUUGGCCAGCUGUUCCAUCAAUUGGUUGUACUCCCAGCGAUAUAUUUCAUAGUUUGCCGCAUGAGAAAGAAUCCGUAUACGUUUAUGUGGAAGUUGUGUCCAGCCUUAGUAACAGGAUUUAUAUCAGGCACAAGUGUGCCAGCCCUUCCGUGUCUCUACUUAUGCACAAAGACAAAAGUUAACCCCCACAUUAGUAGUUUAGUAAUCCCACUAUCAGUUCCAUUAAAGAAAGAUGGCUCUGCUUUAUUUAUCAGCCUCAGUCUGGUUUUCAUCGCACAAAUGGCAGAAAUGAAGCUAACGGCUACUCAGAUUAUAACAAUAGGGGGUCUAUCAAUAGUCCUUGGAUUUACUACUCAGGACAUCCCAAGUGGCAGCAUCCUUACAAUAUCACUAAUAGGUGGCGUGACUGGUAUUCCUGUCUCUAAUGAUUCUCUAGGAUUAAUAAUAGGCCUUGAAUGGUUAAAUGAUAGACUACGAACCAGCACAAAUGUACAGAGUCAUGCCUUUUCUUGUGUGUUUGUGGAAAAAACAUGUAGAAAAGAGUUGCAAAGAAUCGCAAGGGCUAAUAAUCCCAGUCUCCCUACAGACAUGUCACUUCAUAUAGACAUUUAAAACAAUUAUACUUCAAUCAAACAGUUUCAUUCAACAACGAAGAAACACUCCGCCUGGAGGCAAAUAUCAGGUGGUGAGGCAAAUAUCAGGUGGUGAGGCAAAUAUAAGGUGGUGAGGCAAAUAUAAGUUGAUGAGACGAAUAUAAGUUGGUGUGAUGAAUAUAAGUUGAUGAGACGAAUACAAGUCAGAGAGGACAUCAUCCUCCUAUAUGGAACAUGAUUUUCCCAGUUUCAGAUGAAAAAAUGUAGGAAACAAUAUCUUCUAAAAAAUGGUGAUCAUUUAGAUCAUCUGUCUUUUAGAUCUAGCAGUUAUGCAAUACAGUAUAGCAUUUCUCCCAGGAUUUUAUCCUUAUGUGCUGAUUAAAAAUUGGUCAAAAUUUGGAUGUUUUCAUUAUUUUUCUUAUUUUCAAGUAGUUAUGAUUGGGUUUGCAGAUAGGUGCAUUGUGCAAGGCUAUUUUCAAAACCUCAUGGAUGCCGUUAGCACCUACAUGCUUCAUGAAUACUGGACAGACCACUGCUGUAUGUAAGGUUAUCUUGAGAUAGUACUUGUAUCUUAAAUACUAAGGCAAGAC